GUCAGUCACAAGUUUUUCAUGUUUCGCAAACUCAACUUUCUUUCGAGGAUAAUCAAACCGAUCACGACAAGAGCUUUGACGGUGGGUGAGUCUUUCUUGUUGAACUUUCAAACCGCAGCCCUUAGCUUUUUAUUUUGUGUCCGAUCCACAAUAUUUGAAAAUAAAGACACCAUGAUGUUCCUUCGCCAGUCCUCCAUCGUUUUCGGUUUUAUUGCUGCCACGUCCAAUGUCGCUGCAUGGGUUUCCCAAUCACCUUCUGUUGCUAGUGCUAACAGAGCUGUUGUUUCGUCAGCUACACGUACUCCAACCUCAUUGAAAAUGGCUGAAUAUUCCACUGCCGAUCAGGUUGCACGAUUUGCGGCUGCACAGGAAGAAAAGAAUGAACGCUUCCUCAACAUCGAUAGCGUCUACAAUGGAAACGAGAUCAUGGGAAAGCGCAUUUUGGUCACGGGUGGAAACCGAGGUCUUGGUUAUGAAAUCGUCAAGCAGGCUGUUGCCGAUGGUGCCACCGUGAUUGUCAUGUGCCGAUCCUCAAACGAUGAGCUCGAAGAACUGGUCGGAAAGUGGAACGUCUACUCUGGCAUCGAUGUCACGGACACCGAGGCCGUCAAGGGAGGAAUGAAAAGAAUUAAAUCGGAUGGUGGAGCUCUGGAUUACGUCAUCAACAAUGCGGGAUAUUUUUACGAACCCUGCGAGAAAAUUACGGAUUCGUCCCUCAACUUUGAAGAGCAACUCAAACAGAUCGACAUUUGCGCUCUUGGACCUCUCCGCGUCAAUGCCGCAGCCGUAGAAUCGAAAGCACUUGCCGAUGAUGCUAAGUUGGUCAUCAUUACUAGUCAAGCGGGAUCUGCUGAGUGGAGAAAAGUCCAGAACAAGGACGAAGGUGGUGACUAUGGGCACCACAUGAGCCGUGCUGCGUGCAACAUUGCUGGAGUUUUGCAAGCCGAGGAACUCAGAAGCAUGGGAUACUCUGUCCUUAUGGUCCAUCCUGGAUUCAACCGAACAGAAAUGACUGCCAAGUACAAACACAUCUGGGACAUUGAAGGUGCCGUCGAACCUUCCGUUGGUGCAAAGCGUGUGCUCUAUGAGGCCAUGCAGUCUUCCCUCGAGAAUACUGGCACAUUUGUGAAUGCCGAAGACGGUCUUCAGAUUCCUUGGUAAAUGGAAGCAAGAUUAGAACUGUAAAUAGCGUAAAGAGGUGCUAGAAAAGAUUCGUUUAUGAUGUUCUCACAAUCUUGUGUAAUGUCGACUAUGACGUCAUGCAGAAUAAAAAUGGUGGCUAAUUCCAAAUUUGAAAACCAAUUGCGAUUGAAUGAUAUGAGACUGUGAUGAAGCGGCAAUAACAAGGGAAAGAAACCAUUCAAAUGAAGAUCAUGUGUUACAUCAUGGAGCAGAUCUAGUUAUUCAUGCAAUAAUGUUCAAAUACAUCU